AUGGGUUUUGGGUGGUCUACUACUUACAUAUUCCUCCUAGUUUUAUCUUUUUCUUCUUUACUUGUUACUGAUUUCUUCGUGUUUGCUAAUUCCACAUUCCCCUUGGUACAAAAUCGUAAGCCAUUGUGCCAUGAUCAUGAGAAGAUUGCAUUGCUAUGUUUCAAGCAAAGCUUUCUUCUUAACUGCUCAGCAUCACUUUAUGCCGCCUUUGCAUAUCCAAAGGUGAAAUCAUGGCAUGAUGAUUUACAUAAUCAUCAUUCGAAAAAUGCGACUUUAAGUGGUGAUUGUUGUAAGUGGGAUGGUGUAAAGUGCAAUGAGGAGACGGGUCAUGUGAUUGGCCUCGACCUUAGUAGCAGUUGCCUUUAUGGCACCAUCCCUCACAACACCACCCUUUUCAACCUUAGUCAUCUCCGUGAGCUUGAUCUUUCUUAUAAUAACUUCAAUUAUUCUCAAAUCCCUUCUGACAUUGGUCGUCUUUACAAUCUCACACAUCUCAAUCUCUCUAAGUCAGUUUUCAGUGGCCAAAUACCAUUAGAAAUUUCGACUUUAUCCCAUCUUUCUCUUCUUGAUCUUUCCCUUAAUGGAAAUCCUAUGGUUGUCGAUGAGGAGUUAGAUUUGAAAAUUAAUGAUCUGAGUCUAAAGAAGUUGGUUUCUAAUUUAAGUAGUUUAACCCAUCUUUAUCUAGAUAGGACUGAUAUAUCAUCUGAGGUACCCCUCAUCUUAAGCCGUCGAACUUCUUUAAAGGCUAUCUCAAUGAAUUACUGCAAUUUGUUGGGUGAAUUCCCAGCAAAUAUUUUCCAGUUACCAAAUCUUGAAGUAGUUUCAUUGACAUUCAAUCCUAAAUUAGGAGGACAAUUUCCUGAAUUUUACUCUAACAGUCCUCUUCGUAUUUUAUACGUUGAUGCAACAGGAUUUUCAGGGGAGUUGCCAGCUUCGCUUGGAAAUCUAGUCUCUUUGACUAAACUGGACUUACAAGAAAGUGAAUUCUAUGGAAAAAUUCCGUCUUCAAUAGGUAAUUUGACAAAUCUGUCUGUUUUAAACCUUGGUCGCAAUUAUUUUAGCAAUGACCUUCCUGAUUCUAUCAUGAACUUAACAAGCCUUACUUUCUUAGGUCUUUCAGACAUGCCAAAUGUUGGGAAUGCUAGAAUAUUGAAAUCUUGGUUGCCUAAGAUAAACUCACUCACUCAGCUACGCCUUAGCCAAAUGAAUUUACGCAAUUCCAUUUUACCUUCUUUGUCUAACUCUACUAGACUCACUCUUUUGGAUCUUGGCAACAACUUGUUAACAGGAAAGCUACCAAGUUGGUUUGUAAAUCUAACCCAAUUACGCACCUUAGAGCUAUAUGGUAAUCACUUUCAAGGUCCAAUCCCACACUGGAUUUCUAAACUUGUGAAUCUUAGCACAUUAAUAUUGUCAUUUAGGGACUCGGUUGCCGAGUUUGAUUCAUUUUUGGAACUCCCAAAUCUCAGUAUUUUGUUGUUGACCGGUGUUAGCUUAACCUUUCCUAGAGAUCUAAGCACAAGUAAUUCAUCUCUUUUGAAGUUUGAGAUUCUAGGUUUUGAAUCACGCAACUUGACUGAAUUCCCAGAGUUCCUACGUUAUCAAGGUGAGCUAAAAACGUUAUUUCUCUCGGGAAACAAAAUCAAAGGUGAAAUUCCGCAAUGGUUUGUAAACACAACUAGAGAGAAUCUCUUGUUCUUAAACCUUUCUAAUAAUCUUUUGACGGGUUUUGAACAACCUUUAGUUUUCAUCCCAUGGUACAAUUUGGAAAUAUUGGAUCUUAAUGACAACAAGUUAAGAGGACUACUUCCAACUCCUCCAAGCUCCACACAAGUUUAUCAAGUCUCAAACAAUCAAUUUUAUGGAGUUAUUCCCAACCAUAUAUGUCAAGCAACAUCUUUAGUUUACCUUGACUUGUCUAAAAACAAUCUUAUGGGCAAGAUUCCAAGUUGCAUUAGUCAUCAUCUUAGUGAUUCAUUGCAAGUAUUAAACAUACAAGGCAAUAAAUUUAGUGGUGUCAUUCCUCAAAAGUUCUCAUAA